AUGUACAUAGCGGCGAAGCCCAACAAGGCACGAAAUCCUGAAGACAAGGAGGAAAUGAACCAAAAGUACCAGCCAGGAGACCAAGUCAUCCCUCAUGUCACCACACGUGAGCGCACCGCAGAGGAGCGCCGCGCAGAGGAGGAAGACAGACGUCUGGUAGAUGAGGUGCGUGAGAUGAGUCUUCGAGAGGCAGAGGGCGGUGUGCCAUCAGUGCCGCCACGAAGACGUCGCGGAAGCAGGGUCGCCGAGGAGCGCAUCUCUAGUCGCCGUGCAAGAGACGACGGUCGCGCUCGCAGGGGAACGAACCAGCUUGGCCUGCUCAACGACGGGCAUCGCCGGCGACGAAGCGAAUCUCAGCAGCGCCAAGUCGGACACCAGUCCUCACUCAGGUCCCUCAUUAGCAGUGCAGACUUGAGCGAGCGCGAUAUCGAGAGAGAAAUUGAGGAAUUUGCGCGGCAAAUACAGGAGGAAGGUCUACUUGACGGACUCGACUUGGACAAUAUUGAUCUCACUCGCGAUGAUGAGCUCAGUCGUCGCAUCACCGAGGCAUAUCGAAGGCGACAGAGAGGCCGCGCUACAGCUCAGCCUACUCGCCGGGACAGCCCAACAACCCGCAAUGAGGCUAAUGCUAGUACACGGAAUGGAGAUAGUCGUCUAGAUCCUCGCCCUCGUCCACUCGAAAUCCACAGUCCGUCACGAAGUCGCGAGGGCUCCAGCUCGCGACCGGCCACUGGCAGCUCUAGCACUGAAGAACGGGACAGGCGCCCGCCAAGGAGCCUCGAAGUCCGAGAUCCUCAGAUUCGACCGCGGCGCCGGACAGCUAGCGAUAGCCGUGCAGCUACUUUGCCGGUCGUCCCAACUGAGCUCCCGGUUCGGCCUGCUGCCCGCUCUCAGACCGACUUGACGCUCCCGAAUGAGCGGACGGCAUCUUCCACCCUCCGACCAAACACGUCCGGAGUCAGAAGCUCCAGUGUUCCUUCCGCACCGGCGGAACUUCCGGCUUCAAAUGCUACAACCGGCUCGUCGUUUGCCAGUCGGUUGGGCCGACCAUCAACGACACCAAAUGACCCCCCGCGCGCUGCUCCAGAUCAACCGCGUGCUUCUACAGAUCGAUCGCGCGCUUCUACAGAUCGACCGCGCGCUUCCAGUGCCAGUAGACCAAAUAGAGCGGCCGAGCUAUCCAUUGUCCACUCUGCAGCUACCACUCCGGCCGCGACUAGUCCGGUUCCAUCUGGUCACCGGAGAACUAUGUCGCAGUUGUACCCCGAGCCGUCCAUCACUUGUAUGAGAUGCAACAAGACGCAUAUCGAAUAUGAAAUACACUAUAAUUGCGGCAUCUGUGCAGGCGGUCACUGGUCCAUGUGUUCAGAUUGCUACCGAUCCGGCAAGGGCUGUCAGUACUGGUUUGGCUUUGGGCACGGCGGCUGGAACAAAUGGCGCAGGCGUCGCCAGCAGCGUGGUGACGACUCCAUGGCUCCUCCGCACAUACUGACACCCAGUAGAUACCAGCCGCCACCGUCAACACCUGGCGGUGCUGAUGGUCGCAAGACACUGACGAUGGAUGACCCGCAGCUGAGGCUCGAGAGCGGAACAUUUUGCGCCAAGUGCCAAGUAUGGGCAAACGAUUGCUACUGGCGAUGCGAUAUCUGCAAUGACGGAGAAUGGGGCUACUGUAAUAACUGUGUCAACCAAGGUCGCUCCUGUACACACCCGCUACUGCCUCUCAGUCAUGAGAUACCGCAGCCACACAGCCCCUUGCCUGGCCGCCCAACAGCGGCGAGGAUUGUCACAGAGAGCCAAGCCCGGAGUAUCAGUCCCUUUAAACCGCUUUCCUUUGCAACAACUUGCGAUAUUUGCCGCACUACCAUCACACCAUCUGAUAUUCGUUAUCACUGUUAUAGCUGCACGAGCUCUCUAGUCGAGAACGCAGCACCUGGCGACUAUGACAUUUGCUCGCCGUGCUACGCAGAUUUGGUGAACAGUGGCCGGGUUAGUGCGGAAAAUGGCCACUCUGGGUGGCGACGAUGCCUCAAGGGCCACCGGAUGGUGGUCAUUGGAUUUGCGCCCGGCGAGGUUGGGCACUGGCGAUUUAUUGAACGCGACCUAGUGGGAGGCCGCAAGCUUCGAGUCGAACCGGUUGCAGACGAUAGUCAGCCGGAUACACCAUCCCAGAAGUGGUCGUGGAAACAAGAGGAUCAAAAGCUGGAAAGGCUGGUAACGCAAGAGGUGUCGGCCGCAGCACCGAACAGCGAUGAUUCCGCCACUUACACGACGCUGUUCCCACCAGACGGCGGCGUUGGCCUACGUGUCUCUGCAAAGUGGGCAUGGUUUCCUAGAGAAGAAGCCGACGAUGAACUGCUAUUCCCACGCGGUGCAGAGAUUCGUGAAGUGGAGGAUGUAAAUGGGGAUUGGUACUUUGGCGUUUACAUGGGUGCCAAGGGUCUGUUUCCUUCAGGCUAUGGUCGAGUUGAAGGUGAUGCUUCGUAG